AUGCACUCUGGCAGCCCCACUGCCGCCGUCGAGGCCAGCAGCCGGUGGUGGCAUGCCAGCGCGAGCUCGAAGCCACCCCCGAGCGCAAGGCCGUUGAUGGCUGCCACGACAGGAAAAGGCUCGCGCUCGAUGCGGUCAAACAGGUCAUGGCCCAUGCGUGUGGCCUCCGCAGCUGCCUUUAUGUCGGUGACCGGGUACAGCUGCUCCAGAUCAGCGCCGACGCAGAAAGUGGCCUUGGCACUCGUAAUUAUGACGACACGCGCCUUCUGCUCCGCCACGAGCUUCUCCACAAUGUCCAGCGCCUUAUGCAUGCUCCGCACAAAGGACUCACCCAAGGCAUUGGCGCUGGAUCCGGCGCGGUCCAUGACGACCCAGGCGCAGACGCCAGAGUCCACGUACACCGUCACGUGA